ACGUAUAGCUAAAGGUUUGUUAGGCUGUUGUUGUGGUAUUAGUGAGGUGUGAGUUUUUAAGUGGUGGUAAGUGAGCGCGAUUGUUGAAAAUAAAGUUAUAUAGAGCGGUUGGGUAAUUUAAAUUAGAGCCAUGGGUGAUACGGGAAACCAAGAUUCUGAACCAACUGAGAUUAACGCGGAUAUGGUGACCAAGGAAGAUAUUAAAUCUCUUAUAAAUCUUUUUGCUAAAAAAUCCUACAAUGCUGGAACAGUGGACCCUGAGAUGAAUGCCAUUUUAGAGCGGUGUAUUCGUUUCCUGGAAUUGGAUUAUAGUGUCGCAGUCGUUCAAAAUGAUCUGGGUGAGUUGAGUUACAACUAUCCUCAUCAGCUGCCAAUAUUGGAAUAUGAGAAAAGACGUUAUCCUGAUGAUCACACGCUGUCUCCCCAAAAGAAAAAUAUGUCUCCUAGAAGAACAAAUUCAUCUCCACAAAGAACAAACUUAUUUCCUAGGAACAUAAAUUCCUCUCCUUUAAGGACCAGUUUAUCUCCUCGAAGGACAAGUUUGUCUCCUCGAAGGACAGGUAUGUCUCCCCGAAGCACAAGUUUGUCUCCUCGAAGUACAAGUUUGUCUCCUCGUACAAAUUUAUUUUCUCCAAGAACAAGUUUGUCUCCCCCACAGACAAACAUCGUUCAAGAAAGGAUUGAUGUUCAAAAAGUUCGUGAACUAUUCAACAAUGCAAAGUUUUCUAGAUGCCGCACACGCUUUCCUAUUCCUGUAAUUAUGUAUAAAGGCAAAUAUAUCUGUCGUUCCUCAACAUUAUCUAGAGGUUUUGAAAUGUAUGGAAGGAAUGGUUUGCAAUAUUUUGACAUCUAUAAAUUACGUUUCCGUGAUGAUACCACUAAGGAUGAAGCUGAAAAAUCUUCUGGAAAACUAAUAGAAUCUGCACAGGAGUUAGAUGAUAUAGCUGAAACGCCUGCAAAAAAUGAAAAUGUCACAACUGUUCCUUCUCAUUUCUUUGAAAAAAUUCGUAACAGUGAUAUUAAAUUAUUGAAGUAUUUCAAAGUGGAAACUAUUAUAGAUAUCAUGGUUGAAAAUCAGAAGGUCAAAUAUGGAAUGUAGUAAGUUUCUCUAUAUUUGUAUUAAACAUCUGUACCUUUUAAAUGUU